AUGGCCUCACAGCAGCGUUCUUCAGGUUCCGCACUGAGGACGUCCCUUCCCUCCGCCUACGCCGACCAGCUUGUGAAUGCAUCUCCCCUCCCCUCCUCAGAGGAGCAAGAGAAGUACCUGUCUGGCCGACCACGCGCCACACCACACCAUCUGAGCGUGGCUCUUCAACAUGCUCAUCAGAUCCAAGCCCAGAAGGACACCGAAGACAUGAUCUUAGAUCGCAUCAUCGACCUGCUGGAACUGCCUUCGUUUCCCCAAGCCGACCCAGCCAACCCUUCCCCCGAAGACGCCAAAGCUUUCAAAUCCGCCAUGGUGAUCUUCCGCGCAAGUGACUACGACAGCCUCAUUCUCGAACGCAACAACGAGGGCAAUUGCGGCUACACCCUGUGUCCGCGGGAACAUCGCCAAGAACGAGGCAAGAACCAACUGUUUCAAUUCAAAUGGGGAGCAAAAGGCAGUGGCCCUGGUGGCCGGGGCCGUAGCAUGGACAUUGUGCCCCGCGACAAGUUACAACAAUGGUGUUCUGAAGAGUGCGCCGAGAGGGCUCUGUUCAUCCGUGUGCAGUUGACGGAGUCGCCGGUCUGGGAGCGACGUGCAGGCGAGGGGCGUAGCGCAGGAAUUGAACUUCUGGAAGAAGCCCGGGCCAAGCGACCCCGACGCCGAACGGACGCGGCGCCGUCUGCGGCAGCGGUAGCAGUCGAGCUUGGGAACAUGAAGAUUCGAGACUCCCAGCGCGCACAUGAGCUUGCGAUGGAGCGCGGAGACACGAGUCUGCCAUACCGGGGAGGGCGCGUGGACGUCCAGAUCAAAGAACAGAACAAUGUGUAUCAACCACGUGCGCCGCAAUGGCGACCCGAGGAUGCGCAGGGAGGCUCAAUUGAGGGAUAUGUUCCCCAAGAUCGACGGGACAAUGACGCGAUGGAUCUGGACGACGGAGACCUGCUGGAACAGAUCUAG